GUGAGACAGAUAAAACCGCGCGGUUUCUGACGAUAACACACAUUGUGAGUUCUACGCGGAGAUGAAGCGAGUCGUGAUAUUCGGCAGUACCGGGCCUACCGGCCUCUGUUCUCUGAGGACGACUGUGGAAAAAGGUUUAGAAAUAAGAGUUUUUGUAAGAAACAAGGCUAAGAUUCCCGAGGAUCUUAGAGAUAAAGUUGAAGCAGUUGUUGGAGAUGUCACUAACGCGAAAGAUGUUGCAAAGGCGGUAGCUGGUCGAGAUGCGGUAAUAGUAGUACUUGGUACCGGGAACAAUUUGAGCUCUACUACCGUAUUAUCUCAAGGUAUGCGAAAUAUAGUAGAUGCCAUGAAAGCACAUAAUGUUGAGCUGGUUUCUGUAUGUCUAUCAGUGCUUUUAUUCUGUUUGGAGAAAAAAUCUAUUGUAUAUAACGAUAUGACUGAAGAACAUCAACGCAUGUUAGAAAUAAUCAAAUCAAGUGGUUUAAAGUGGGUUGCAAUAUGUCCAGCAGCUAUUUUAGAUAAACCAAAGUCUAACUACGUUAUCACAAUCAAUUGUCCAGCUGGACGAGCAAUUUCUAAAUACAGUUUGGGUGAAUUUCUCGUCGAAUGUUUUAAGAAUCCCGAUUAUUAUCAGAAGAUAAUUGGCAUCGCAGACACGUCAUGAUGCGAGAGGAAAUGUAAUGGUACAUAAAUAAUAAGAUGCAUGUACUUGUCUUUUAGUGGAAAAAUAGAUGUGUAUGUUUAUAUAAAUUGUUAUCUCAUCUUUUAUAAGUUUGCAUUGACGCAAUUGCCUGAUAAUUGCACGAGUUUGGAUAGAAAAUCGAGUAUACUAUAAACACAGAGUUUUCGUUACAAUAGACGAUGAAAUAUUGAAUGAAAUAUUGGAAAUAGAUAUAAAAGCAUAAUCUAACAAUAAAAAUUGCAUUAAGAAGUUGAA